AUGCGGUUCCCGCUGCCUGCCGACACGUUCCCGACUCUGUCGCUGCCGCUGGACGACCAGGACGCGCUCAAGAACCUGGCCACGGCCUUCGUGGACGACGCGCUGGUGGAGUACCACGCCUUUCGGAACGCGCCGCUCAAUGGCGUGGUGGACGACAGUCGCUGGAAGCUGCUGAAGAAGCGGGACGGCCUCACGUCCUACUUGGACCGGGAGCUGGGCGACCCCGCGGCCACGCGCACCGCUGAGCGCGAGAGCGUGGGGGGUAUGACGUUCUCCAAGAAGCUGCACGGCGUGCUGACCGUCGGGACGAUCGAUGGCUCGCUGCACGACCAGAUGUACGGCAUGCACCACUGCAGCAUGGAGCUCAUGCGCAUCAAGUCCGCGUACAUGGACGACAAGAUCGCGGACGGCAAGGUCAUCUGCGAGAUCAGCCACGCCACGCCCGAGAGCCCCGUGAGCGGGCUCUACAUCAAGUGGAGCGUCUCGGACUUCGCGCCCGCCAUCCUCCGCCAGAUCGUGCGGCCACGAGACUUUGUCUUUCUAGAUGGUACUGGUAUCAUCAAAGAUCCCGUCACGGGCGAGGAGAUCGGCUACAGCAUCAUGCACUCGCUCCAGAUCCCCGGCAUCCACGAGCUCAAAGAGUAUCAGAUCGUGAGGGCUACCCUAUCUAUCUGCGCGCUGUUUAGAGAGAGGUCCUCGGGGGUGGUCGAGGUCUUCAUGAAAGGCUUCGUGGACUCCAUGGGCGACAUCCACACGAGCGUCGCCAUCCCAGCCACAGCAGAGGCGCUCAUGUCCUACCGCAAAGGCGCGUACUGCGGCCAGAUGAAGAAGCUCAACUGGCUAGUGAAGACCAAGAAGACGGUCAUGCUCGACCAGCUCAGCGGAGCCUGCUCGGUCUGUCAACGCACCGUCAAGAAAUCCGCAGCGUGCCAGAUCUGCAUGAACCAAACGUGCCCCGCCUGCAGCGUGGUCCAGAAGCUGGCCUUCCUGUCUCCGUCGCGGAAGAUCGUGAGGAGGAACAUCCCGUUCUGCAUCCGCUGCAUGCGCGUGGCUGCGCAGGCUGACGGGCUCGAAGUGGCCUCCGAGGAGCUGCGGCGACAGAACCCGCUCGAAUACUUCGAGAUCUCGUCCAGCGACAGCGCGACGCCAGCCUCCCCCUCCAACUCGACUCUACCCGACACCCAGCGAGAGUUCUUCGGCUGA